CAACCCCAGACAUCGAGUUUCUCUUCUCCGACCUUUCUCAUACCUAACUCUUUCACUCCUACUUUCGCCUAUUGCGCCGUUCAACUCGCCUACAACCCCGUCCCCCUACAAACUCGAUCCAGCAAUCAUGAAGCUGCAUUACAUCGGCGUCCUCCGCAACGAGAGCCAGCCGGCUCAUGAGAUUGUCGCUGAGAAGGAGCUCAGCAGCUACUCGCGAUUCACCCGCAACAACUAUGGCGAAUUCAUGACCCUAUUCGCAAAGACCGUCGCCGAACGCACCCGUCCCGGACAGCGACAGGAUGUCGAGGAGCAAGACUACACUUUCCACGCCUACGGCCGUACUGAGGGCGUCUGCGGCAUCAUCAUCUCCGACCACCAGUACCCUGCCCUCGUGGCUCACCAGCUUCUCAGCAAGGUUGUCGACGAGUUUCUCUCCAAGAACCCCCGCUCCAGCUGGGCAACCGGAACACCCACCCUCGCCAUGCCCGAGCUGAAGGAGUACCUCACCAAGUACCAGGACCCUCAGCAAGCCGACAGCAUCCUCAAGAUCCAGAAGGAGCUCGACGAGACCAAGAUUGUUCUCCACAAGACCAUCGAGAGUGUGCUACAGCGUGGAGAGAAGAUCGACGAUCUGGUGGCUAAGAGUGACGGUCUAAGCGCCCAAAGCAAGAUGUUUUACCAGCAAGCUAAGAAGCAGAACUCGUGCUGUAUUUUGAUGUAAUGGACCAUUUCAUUUUUCCUGGCGUUGGACCUGGCUUCUUUUCAGCACAUAAGGGAUGUCGGCAUUGAGAUUGGUUAUUCGUGCGGCGCAGAUACUUUCAAUCGUUUAUUUCUCCCACCAUUCGUUCGCAGAGCCAUGUCUUUACAGCAACUUAGACUUGUCGAAAGGGAGGGAAGUAGAGGAAUCUUAUCACGCGCACUACAGCUGGUGUUUCAAGUUGGAGGAAGAUGAAUUGUCCUCUUUUGAUAUAUACAGUCCAGAAUGGGACAAUAGUGAAAUUACUCACUUAUCGCCAAAGCUAACCUAGAUAUAAAGAAAAAAAAUACAAAUCAAGGAGAAAUCGUCUUUCUGCUUUUGUCAAGAAAAA